GUGACAGACGUUGCUCCUCCCCAGCUCAGCGGCGUUGAGCUGCAGCUCGGUAUUCACAGCUCAGCCUGUUGUAGAAACACAGCUGACCGCUGCCGCAAGCCCUGUAAGCCGACACCCGUCUGCCGCCUCACCGCCCACCAAAUGCGCCUGUUGGAGGUCCUGCGGAACUCCUCCUCGGACAUGAGGAGCAAACAGAAGCGGAGCGGAAAGCCGCCGCUCCCCGACCGCUUCGACAUGUCCAGCUUCGAGGUUUCCCUGCAGCAGCUCAACGACCUGCUGACGGACGACAGCGGCUUCUACAGCUGGCCCACCAAACACUUCCACGAGGUUUACCCGCGGAUCUACAUCGGCAACGCAUUUGUGGCGACUAAUGUGAUGCGCCUCAAGCGCCUGGGAGUCACUCACAUCCUGAACGCAGCAGAAGGAAACUCCUACAUGCACGUCAACACCAACGCGGAUGUCUACAUGGGCUCAGGAAUCACCUACCACGGCAUCCCGGCCAACGACACCGACCACUUCGACAUCAGCGUCUACUUCGAAGAGGCGGCAGACUUUAUCAAGAAGGCCCUGGCAUACAAAAGUGGAAAAGGUAAAGUGUACGUGCAUUGCAGGGAAGGCUACAGCCGCUCGCCCACCUUGGUCGUCGCUUACCUCAUGCUUCACCAAAAACUGGACGUCCACACCGCUCUGGCCAUGGUGCGGCAGAAACGAGAAAUCGGACCCAACGACGGCUUCCUGCGGCAGCUCUGUCGGCUAAACCAAAGGUUGGCCGCCGAGGGGAAACUGUGGAACAAAUGAGAGACGCGAGUAAACAGAAAUGUGUCGUAGGAAAAUGAAGUAUGCUCAGCUGUACUUUGUUUGCUUUCCGCUUGUUUGAAGCUUGAGUGGCCGGUGAGGGAAAGCUCAGAACAAAGUGAAACGUUUUGACCGAGGAUAACAGGAAGUGUUGUAUCUACUGUAGAUUAACACACACACACACACACACACUGCCCUGUGUUGUGUAUUAGUUAUACUGAAAUGAACAUACCUGUGGGUCAUACACUAGCCGACUCACCUGACCCAUUCAGAUCAGGUAAAAAAAAUAAAUAUAUAAAAAAAAUUAUUGUCAUGUGAAUGUACAAAUAUUCUUCCARGCUUUCUACUUUACUUCAGCUAAAUUGGACAAUAGCUCAAAGUUAGGUUAGGUGAGUUUGCAUGAAAUGGCCCUUUAUCAUAAACAUUGCUUAUAACUUAUUUAACGUAGAACGGGUUAACUAUUGUUACAUAUUCUCUGAAUAUCAGAUUUAUUACAGUUCAGUAGUUAUUUAUCAUGUUCUGUAUGGUUUGUUGUGUUUUCUUGAUGAUUAUCAGUUUAGUUAAUAGGCAUAUAAUACAGUUAUUAUAAGUAGUGAGACUUUAGAUAGAGUUACUGUCACAUCCAGUCUAAUUUGUCCUCCACCCUUCUAGCCAUGGGCCCCUCAUGUUGGCCCCUGUCCGGCUAACACUGCCUACUGUCUCAGUCACAGCCCCUCCCACUGUGAUUACUACAGGAUUUUAUUACAGUAUUUUUGUCUAAUGUCUCUUCUGGACUCUUUGAACAGUAUUGCACUCACCUUUAGAAAUCUGCCUCAGACGUAUUUCUGAAUGAUUUCUUGUGGUUUCUGUGCUUUGCAAAGACUUUAUCACGUUUACGCAGAAAACAAAACAGAAUUUAUAUUGAUGAGGAGAAUGUAAAACAAACAAUAUUGUUUUGAGGUGUAGAAUUAGACGAAUGUUGAAAUUGGCCUAGUAACCAUGACAAUAGCCAUUUUAAGCUCAACUGUAUUCAUGGACAAAAAUACAAUAUUGAAUUAGUAUAAAAUUGUCAAGGAUAAGGAAACAAGUAUGGGGAGAGAAAAAUUAGUAAAUUGUAGCUUUCUGAUCUUGGUCUGGCCAUGAAACAAAAAAAUCCUUAAAUUCUUUGCUUAAGAACACAAGUGGUUUUUAUAAAAUACUAAUUAAUUAGAUUAUUACAAUAGUAAAUAAAAAAAAAUAUAAUAUUGGUACACAAAAGACACACAAAGAAUAAAAAAUUGAGAUUAAGCCAUUUUUAUACAAAGAAUGUAGUAGACAAUGCCUUUUAGCUUAGCAUAAACUCUGCAUUUUGUAGUUUGCGAUAAGCCGACAAGCCUAAAACCAGUGAAGUGUUUAAUGGGUGACAUUAAACACAGUGUUUAAUGUUUUAAAUAUCACUCUCCAAAACAACUAAAUUAUCCUAAUUGUAUAAUUAGGGUUAAUAAUAGCUAAAUAAUUCGAAUAAAGAAAUGACUUUUAGCUUAGCAUAAGUACUGCGUUGUUGUGUUUGGGUAAUUAGCCUAAGUAGCCUAAAACCAACUUUCUGUUUGGUGUGAAAAGAUGAGAAGUGUAGCAAUUUAUUCCUCUAGCUCUAAAAUGUCUGUAAAUAUGAAAGUACUGUGUUUGAGAUUAGUUCUUAAUUUAACUGUUGUAGCUUAGCUUAAACAUUAGGUUUUAGAGUCUGUGUUAAGCUAACUAGCCUAAAGGCAGCUUUGUUUUUGUGCUUACGCAUAAGAAAGGUAGCUUUAAAAGCCAGUAUUUCUAAUAAUAUUAACAUAGCUAACUGUUGACUAAUUUGCAAACUACUAAGUAAAAUGUCAGUUAAACACCUGCAAUAAGAAAAUGAUUCCCAUUAUUGAAGAAUUGAAGGUGGCUUUACUCUUAAAUAUAUAAAUAGGAAUAACAUACGGAGACGUAGUUCUUGCUGCUAGACCAUAGACGAGCCAGAGAUUUAAUGCACUCCACGGAUUCCUCAUUACAGUUUUUUCAGUUCAAUACUCAACACAAAAAAUCUCCCUGAAGUCUUGGCAUCAACUUUUUCAACCAAUGGCUUGCUACCGUUGUUUUGCAUGAAGAUUUUGGCGCGCUUUACACUAAAUGUGUGUUGGAUAACCUUUAAGAUACUUGAGACUGCAAGAUUUCAACAGACCUCAACAUUUGCUCCUUCUCAGAACUGCCAAAUAGACCAAUUUGUCUCAAACUGUUGAUUUUAUAUUGUUUAAAGAGCAUUCUUCCCAAGUCAUGUUUUAGUUCCAUUAGCGCUUUGCGCGCUGAUGGAAGGAAAAAAGUCAGGUCAUUCUGACCCAAAGAGACGCCAAGAUCCUUCUGCAAAAAUAACUCUAUAAAUGGUAUUUCGGCUCCAACAUAAUAAAAUCUGUUAACGUGUCUUUCGCAUACAGCAGUGCAGCUCUACUUCAAAUGUAACAUCACUGCUGCCAGACUGUCAGAAAGUCAAACUGAAAGUUUUAACUUUUUAGUCAACAUCUUUUGCAUAGUAGAAUGUUUACAUGUUUGUAUUUUUGGCAUUUUAAAUGCAGUUUUAUAUUGUUAAGUUGCAUGCUUUGUGAUAUUUGUCAGCCAAAGUGUUGCUUACAGUCCUUAAUGGACACAGCUGUGUCUCUGUGUGUUAAUGUACAUUACUGUGUGUUAAUGUGCAUUAUAUGUCACACUGUGACAAAUAAUGUCACUAUUGUCUCUAAUGCCACUCUAUUGUGCCUAUAUCUUGUGAACCAUGAUGUACUUUACUGCUGCUGUAGCCUAAUUGGUCAAAUCAGAAGACUUAGAUUUUGACUCAGCUAUGAUGAAGUGCACUUUAUCUGAUGACACUUGGGAUUGUGAUUGUUCUCUUUUCAAACAUAAAAUAAUAAUAAUAAAAGAAAUAACGUUUUCUUGUUUAA